AUGAAUGAUCUACCUUCUAGAGAAAAACAUCUCUCAGAUUCCUCUAAAGGACACAAUGUCGUGUCCUAUUUACGCGCAAAGUUUCCUAACUACUCAAAAUGUCCGAAACAUACCGAUGAACACUGUAAACAUAACUGUGAGAAAUGUGACAUUCCUGUCUGUUUUAUCUGCGUCUUCUCGGGGAAACACAAAGGUCACGAGAUAUCAGAUAUUCUAGAAAAACGCAGUUCUAAAACAAAAACUUUGCAAAAUGAUUUGAAAGAACUUGAGACUAGAAUAUAUCCGCGAUACGAAGAAAUGGCGUCAGAUGUCCAAACUGAGAAAGCUAAAUUAGAAACGAAUUACGAGAAAUUGACCGCAGCUGUCAAUCAACAAGGAGAAGUCUUACACCGUGAGAUUACCGCCAUUGUCAACCAACGGAAAUCUGAUAUUGAGAAGGUGAAAAACAAACACCUAUCUACCCUGAAUGAAAAUACAGAUGAAAUCACACAGAAAAUUACUGAACUCAAACAGACCAUGUCCGAUUUGAAAUCAAUCCUAAAAUCAAAUGACGUCUCCUUAACCUCUACUUACAAAUCUAGGAAUUCCGAAUUUAGAACAUUACCACCUAAAGUUCGAGUUACAGUACCAAUUUUUUCUGCUCAGAAAAUAAACAAAAAUCAGCUCAAUAAAAUGUUUGGUUCCCUGUCGCCAUUAUCUAUUAAAACAGAACAUGGUGACAUAAUAAAACCACCAGAAACUGUAUCGCCUUCCUCAGUCAAACCACUGCUUGCAGAACCGCGAAUCACCGCCACCAUAGACACUGGGUAUGAAUUACUAUACAGUGUUAGCUGUCUCAGUAAAGAGCAAAUCUGGACACGUGGGUGUAACGAUAUUAUGAAGCUCCUCAACCUUCAGGGCAAGCUACUGGCAUCAAUACAAACUGAGACAGGGAACGAACCAUGGGACAUAACAGUAACACGGGACGGAGAUCUUGUUUAUACUGAAAGUAAUACUGUGAACCUAGUAAAGAGUAAACAGACACAGACCGUGGUCAGAUUAAAGGGGUGGACACCUCUCAAUAUCUGCAGUACCGCCUUUGAUGAUAUCUUGGUUACUAUGAUCAGCGAUGAUAGAGAACAAUCGAAAGUCGUGCGCUACUCCGGCUCCACAGAGACACAAAGCAUUCAGUUUGAUGGUAAGGAUCGACCUCUUUAUUCAUCUGAUUAUAAUACUAAAUACAUCAGUGAGAACAGGAACCUGGAUAUCUGUGUGGCUGACUGUGGAGCUAAUGCAGUAGUGGUGGUCAAUCAAUCAGGAAAACUUCGAUUUAGAUACACUGGUCAUCCACCUAAUACUAAGAAAUCAUUUAAUCCGGUCGGUAUUACUACAGACAGCAAGUGUCGCAUCCUGACAGCAGAGUGUUACAAUGACUGCAUCCACAUCCUUGAUCAGGACGGACAGUUCCUCCGUUACAUUCAAAACUGUGAUUUACGCGCUCCAUUAGGUUUAUGUGUGGACAUCAGAGACAACCUCUUUGUGACUGAGUGCCAUACCGCUAAAGUGAAGAAAAUCGAAUACGUAUAAACACAAUGACAAUUACCAAUCUCAACACACAUAAUUCAUUUCGUAUCUGAAUGUUAGUAAGAAAUCUAAACACACUAAUCGCAUAUCUAGAAGAGCUUUUACAGAUAUAAACAAAUUGUUAACUGCAGAUGAAAAACCAGAUUACACAUAUGAAAACUGCAUGUGUUCAUUAAACAUACACACUGUUGAUAAUAAUUAAGCACGCCGUACUAAUUACACUAAUGCACACUAUGUUGAUUACAGAGGUGGCUGUGAUGCGAUUUCAACGAUCAGAAUCCAUUAUUGUCCGAUACUGAUAUUUAUUUCAAAAUGUCACCAUCUUAAGGUGGAAGUCAUGGGGAUAAAAAUGAAAACAGUUUCGUUUACGUGAUCACUUGCGAACAUUACCAUUCGUAAUUUAAUCUACUCUUUAAUCUAUACAUAUCGGCUUUUCAAGUUCAUAUUUAAAAUUGACAUCACUAAACUCAUGAAUGUCAGUGGGUUUUGGACAUAAUUAUGACAUUUUUUGUCGUUUCGGUUACUGCGGGGAUAUAAAAAUAAAUAUAUUUAUUGCAGGUUGAGAAAAUCUAGAAUUUGAAAUCGUACGAUUUCCUUUCAAACACGUUUUUUCUAUUUUUCCUGGUCGAGUAUGAAUACCUGUGUGACCAGUUUCGUGUGGCGGAAAAUUGCUAUAGGGCUAUAUAUGUAGAGAGGUCUUUGUAUUUUGCCAUUCAAGCUGAGUACUGCGUGCAUUUCACUUACAAUACUCCCACGGAUUUUUUAUUGGUUACAUGGUAUAAUUGUUUAGUAAUGUUAUGCACUUAAAAUAAUGAAUUUUGAGCAAUGUCAUCAAUAAAAUCAGCAGUUCUUUGAUCUGCUACUCAUGAUAUUGUUUUCUUUUUGUUAUGAUUUUUAAAUAAGGAUAUAAAUAAUUCCUGUUGGCACACUGAUUUUGACUACGGAUA